GGGGCACUGUGGGGCACUUUGUGGUGGGUGCAAGGCCUGGGUGGGCUCUGCCCGUGUCCCCUGGGGGUCCCGAGGGCUCACCUGUCCCCCCAGGUGUCCUACGCCCGGCCCAGCUCCGCCUCCAUCCGCGAUGCCAACCUGUACGUGAGCGGGCUGCCCAAGGCCAUGGGGCAGAAGGAGAUGGAGCAGCUCUUCUCCCAGUACGGCCGCAUCAUCACCUCCCGCAUCCUCGUGGACCAGGUCACAGGUGAGGCCACCUGGGAGGGUGGGGCAGUCCUGGGCCCGCUGUCGCUGCUGCCCAGGUUCUCCCCGCUGGCCAUCGAGGCGGUGCCGGCGCUGGCCGGGGUGGGCUUGGGGACCCCCGGGCCGGGCUGGUGCAUCUUCGUCUACAACCUGGCGCCCGAGGCGGACGAGAGCGUCCUGUGGCAGCUCUUCGGGCCCUUCGGCGCCGUCACCAACGUCAAGGUCAUCCGCGACUUCGCCACCAACAAGUGCAAAGGCUUCGGCUUCGUCACCAUGACCAACUACGAGGAGGCGGCCAUGGCCAUCGCCAGCCUCAACGGCUACCGCCUGGGCGACCGCGUGCUCCAGGUGUCCUUCAAGACCACCAAGCAGCACAAGGCCUGAGGUUUGUCCCCGCCCGGGGGGGGCUGCGGGGUCUCCUGUCGGGGUGUGGGGGUGUGGGGACCACCCCCCCCGCUCUGUGAGCGCCGUGGAGGAACUCGGCUGGAGGUCUUGGGGACCCUCUCUGUGGGCACCGUGGAGGA